AUGCCGUGUAAGACCCCGCAAGGGAGCAUCGGCAAAGGGCUGCCAGCCCCUAGUCGGAAGAGACAGCAUAGUCCGACCCUGUCGGACUCCCGAUUCCAUCUGACACCGUCAGAUUCAGCUGACCUCUCCUCUCGCUCUGCUAGCGCUCCCCGGGGGAGAGCUAAGGUGAGGAAGACAGGCUCAGCCCAGUCUCCUGUCCCUUCAUCCGCUCCGGCGCCGGAGCAACCGAAGAAGAAGAAAAAGAAGAGAUCCGCGGACGUAAGCCCCGUGCCACCGGGCGGUCCGCCUUCUGAUUCUUUUGAUGGCCAGGCCUCUCAGCUUCUUAAGCUACUUCAGAGUGCCUUUCAGCACUGCGGGUUAUUACCCCCAGGCUUGUCUGCUUCAGCCGACGGUACUGCCAACCGAGCGGAUCAAGCAGACACCGGCCAUCCAACACCUCGAGGUGCCUCUAACGAUCCUUACGAAUCGCCGGCUCUCGAACCCACUCAGGCUACGCCCGUGAACGCUCAGGCUCGGCCACCUCCGGGGGUCCGUCCCCGCGAGCCUGGCCAUGGCACACACCGCCACUCGAGCCUUUCACGAGCGCCUGCUUCCCUCGGGGCUCCGCCCGGCGAGGAGACGUGGGUUGGUUCCCCCUCUCUCGAGGCGGAACAGGCUGUAUCGGAGGAUGAGUUCAAUCUUGAUCCCCCGGGUAGCCCGGCUCCCCAGCCAUCGGCUAGCACAGCCCAGGACGCCAUGGAGAUCCUCCAUAGAUAUCUCCUGCAUAUCUAUCCAGCUAACGAACUGAUAGAGGCCAGCUUGCCCGCCUCCCAGGGAAGAAAACCAGUAUCCUUUGGUAAGAGCUUUGCCUUCACAAAUGAUGACACCGAGGCGUUCUUUACCCCUAAAACGUUUUCCCCCCAGCUUGACCGCAUCGGGGAACGUUUGGGGACCUGUUUCUCUUCCAGUCAUUUUGCUUCUGUUGAGAAACCAGUACUCGUUCAGCCCUCAGAUUUACAGCCUUCCUCGGAGCCUUGCUCGGUCUUCGAGCACAGUCUUCCGAACUGGAAGUAA